CUUGUGCUGUUGCGGAUCGUCCGGAGGUGGGCUGGCCUGUGCGGCUCUCUGCUGUCGGACUUCAUCAAGUCACUUUUUUACCUUUUUACCACCACAAUUCGAUUAACAAUGUCGCACUCGGGUGCUCAGAAGGGCAGCUCUCUGAUACUGGUGCUAAUGGUUGCUUCUGCAGCCAUUGGAGGAACUCUUCAGUAUGGCUUCAACCUCGCCAUAAUGAAUGCCCCAACAAUUUUCAUUCAAACCUUCAUCAAUGAGACAUUCCUCGAGCGCUGGGACAUCCAGUUGGAGGACUACCAGGUGACGCUGGUCUGGACAAUCAUUGUCUCCAUCUUCUCAUUAGGGGGCUUUGCCGGGGCUCUUAUCGCAGGACCUAUGACCAUACGCUUCGGAAGGAAGAAAUGUCUGCUGUUGAACAACAUUUUCCUCAUGAGUGGUUCACUCUUAGCUUUGACGAGCAGAGCUGCCAAGUCUUUUGAAAUGAUCAUUAUCUCACGGGUCCUUGUUGGAAUAAAUGCUGGAAUCAGCAUGAAUGUGCAACCCAUGUACUUUGGAGAGAGUGCGCCAAAGCACUUACGGGGGGCUAUCUCAUUGUCAUCAGCUGUUUUUACAGCAUUUGGUGUAGUGUUAGGACAAGUGGUCGGACUCAGAGAGAUUUUGGGCAGUGAACCGUGUUGGCAAUACCUUCUUGCCAGUAACGCGAUUCCUGGCGUCAUUCAGCUGCUGACCCUGCCGUGGUUCCCAGAAAGCCCCAGAUACCUCCUCAUUGACAGGGGGGACAAAGAGGCUUGUAUUAACGCUCUGAGACGUCUGCGUGGCUGUGAGGUCCUGGGCAGCGAGCUCGAUGAGAUUCUGCAGGAACAGGCUGAAACCAAAGGCAUGAGGCCCAGCCGACCCUGGGAGCUCUUUACUGACCGCUCUGUUCGCUGGCAGCUCAUCACCGUCAUGAUCAUCAGCAGUGCCAUGCAGCUCUGUGGCAAUGACUCUAUUUACUUCUAUGCAUCAUAUGUGUUUAAAGAGGCUGGAAUAGCUGAUAAUAAAAUCCAGUAUGUCACAAUUGGCACCGGAACAUGUGAAUUCACGGCCUGUAUAAUGUGUAACCUACUGAUCGAGCGCAAAGGUCGGAGGUUCAUGCUGAUGGGAGGGUUCAUCCUCAUGACCGUCUGGGCUGUUGUCUUCACAAUCGCUCUUUCGUUUGAGCAUUAUAUAUCCUGGAUGCCAUACUUGAGCAUGGCCUGCAUCUUCACCUACAUUCUCAGCUUUGGCAUGGGACCAGCUGGAGUGACUGGCGUUCUGCCCACUGAGAUCUUCAAUCAGACUGCUCGGCCCGCAGCCUACAUGAUCGCUGGCUCCAUGAUGUGGCUCAACCUUUUCAUCAUUGGAAUGAUCUUCCCAUUUCUGGUGAGCGAGCUGAGUGAGUACUGCUUCGUGCCUUUCGGAGCGGUCUGCAUGUUGUCUGCGCUGUUUGUCGGCCUGUUUCUGCCGGAGACCAAGGGGAAGUCUCUGUCGGACAUCACAAGUGAAUUCCACAAGCUCAACUUCAAAGGCCAGGACAAAAAGUGUCCAUCGCAAACUCAAGCUCAGUAUCAGCUGGGUGAAGUGUGUCUUUCCACAGCCUUGUAGACAGACGUUUUCUCCUGAAACGUACAGUCGCAUCUACUGUAUGUCUCACUUUGACCUGACCUGCUUGAACUGGGAGAAGUCGUGUGCAGUCUGACAGUAAUGGGGGAAUGUUCACAUUUAUAUUAGAUCUACUAUAACUCCUUUAUCCGGAGUGUGUUUUCUAUGGUCAUUUAAAGGAAUUACCUUCACGUGUGUACACUUAUAUUUUCUGCUACGCUGUGUACUGAUUAACAUGAAACGAAGCUAAUGAAAACUACAGUAUAUUCAGCCAACUCUGUGGCAGAAAAGAAAUCAGCUGCUAAAUAGAAAGUGAUUCAAUAAAUUGAAAAAUAACUGGAUGGUCUGCAGGAACACUUGUUCCCGCUUUGGCUGAAAAAACCUCUGAAAACACAUCUGACAUUUAUUUAUAAGGGUGUUUUCAGAAUUAAUGUAGAAUGAAAGUGACCUUAGUAAAUAAACAGCAAUGAAUUUUCUUAAGAUAUGUAACAUAUUUUCUUGUUUAAAUUAGUUAUUUGUAAGAUUCGCUAUUGCGUCAUAGCUAAUAUUAGCAUUAACAGCUGUUUAGUUACCAGUCUUUUCUUUCUAAGAGCUGUCUCCAUCAGUGGAAUGCAACCCUCUUGCUUUGCUUUUAUUUCUAUCACUUCUUUUCUUCUACUGACGUUAGCAUGCUAACCAGUUAACCUAGGUCCGGUCGGCCCGUCUGGUCACUUUCUGAGACUGAGUGACUGUAAAGUCCAGUCUGCCCUGCCUCAGUAUUCUAACUUCUUGUAUUGUAAACACAAUGAUGGCUGAAACUCUUGGCAAGACUGGUAAGUAAACAGUUUAAUGCUGAUGGUGGCUUUUCAGCAAAGGCAAAACUUAUAAGUAGUCCUUGCUUAAGUCUCCUGUUUGGGAGGUCAAAGGCCAGAAUAAGCUGCACGCAGGUCUUUCUACAGGGUACUGCGCUUUUUCCUGUGUGGUCGAUGCUGGACCUUCUCAAUAAGAAUGUAUUUAUAUGAAAACAAAGACAUGCAGUCAAGUUCACUUGCACCUUAUUAAAUACAAACUGUACAUGCAGCAUUGUGCAUACCUCGUUCAGGUAAAUGGUACUAUGAUGUUGAGCGUGAAUUCUUUUGAAUAAGACUGAAAUUAGUGACCCACUGUUUGUACAUGAAUGGAAAAUGUUUAUGUUGACUAUGAAAGUCAUUAUUGUUUGUUUUAAUGAUCUGAA